AUGUCGUCAACUUCUCGAGUUGAAAGUUAUAACUCUAAAAUCAAGAGAUUGAUAUUUAAUUCGAAUACUACACUAUUAGAACUUGCAGAAAAACUGUCAGUAUGUAUUCUUGAAGAGGAUAAAAAGACAGAAUAUGCCUUAUUUCGUGCCUCGAUUCCUAAAGCUGUUCUAGUUGCGACAGCUAAUACUAUUCUUCCAAAUAUUAAACAAGCACUUCAGUAUCAUGCCAUGAUAAUAUCAAAAAAUGAACUACGAAGAUACCUUAAGAUUAAUCUUGAAGAUCCUACCUUGUUUGGAGAAAAUCCAAAUUUUACUAAUAUUAUAGCCAAAUCAAUGCUUAGUCUUGUUGAUAAUAAUAAGAUUAAAGAAAUUUGCAAUUCAGCUCAAGAAUCAUUUUUGGUUAUACCAAAAUUUGAAAUAGAACAACCAGUGAUGAUAGAUUGGAGUAGUUCAGUUCCUUAUCUUAACAUAUUUGUUCAAGCUCAAGAUGUGCAAAAUAUAAAUCGUAAAACAAUAGAUGAGCAAAAUUGUCAAGAAGUAUCAUCUGAUAGUGAUGUAACUUCAGAUAAUGAGGUUGAAACUGAUAGUAAAACUAAAAAAGGAAACUUGAAUCCAUGCGAGUUGAUGAAUCCUCGAAAAUAUAAGGCAAAGGGUCGACCAAAAGGAAUAGACAGAAUAAGACGUGUAGACGAACCAUCAAAAAAGACAAAACAACAAUUAUAUUAUAAGAAUUGUGGAGCAGAUCCUUAUAUUGAAGUAAAGUAA